AUGCCUCACAUGCCGCCGCUGGACACGCAAUCCGCAUCUUUUAUCCUCCCACCACACAUUCAUCCAUGGUUGCGCGCGGUCGUUGCUUUUGGCUUCAUAUCGUUCAUCGCCUCGAUUUCGCUCCUCGUUGUCCUCACCUACAAACUGGUCUCAUGGAAACUCAAAUCGAAGCGAUCGAACCAAUUCGUUAUCUUAAUCUUCAACCUCCUCUGGGCUGACAUUCAGCAAGCACUCGCCUUCUUGCUCAAUGUGGAGUGGUUGCGCCUCGGGAGCGUGCAGAUUGAAAACCCAAUAUGCUUUGCUCAAGGCUGGCUAGUGUCGACGGGGGAUCUGGGUAGCGGACUAUUCCCGUGGGUCUCCAUGGCCAGGACAUCUACGUUCGAUCCCGGAGUAUGGUGCUGGAUACACCACGAGUUGAACGACCUGCGACUCUGGACGCACUACAUCUGGAUUUUCGUGUUUGAAUUCGGCACGGUCAUCAUCUACCUGACCAUCUAUACCAUUCUACUCCACCGCCUUCACAAUCACUACUACACCCCCGCCGCAGCGAAACGCGUCAAGUCCAUCUCCAACCUCAUGGUCGUUUACCCGCUCGUCUACGUCGUCUGUACGAUUCCGCUUGCGUCUUCCCGCAUGGCCGCAAUGUCCGGCUCACCGCCAUCUCUCGUCCGCCUCUGCCUUUCUGGCGCGAUGAUCACGUCGAACGGCUGGCUCGACGUCCUCCUAUAUACCCUCACACGCCGCAUUAUGAUCUUCAGCGACGAGCCGCCUCCAGAUGACAACGGUUUCGACACGUUCAGUACAUUCUGGGCCACGCAACCAAGACGCUUUGGCGGAGAAUGCACCAUCUCAGCGGACGGUGUCACGCUUCCUUCUUGCAACGAGUCGUCGGACGAUUUAUGCAACACGAAAGACAUUAAGCUUGUCACAACAACAGAAGUCAAGAGCGAGCCAGCAGGACCCGAAGAUUUCGCUGAGCUUGAGAGGAGGCAAAGACCAAGGACUCCAAUCGGAAGAUGGAGUGAAGACAGCGGGCAAUUGAGUUUGAAGCUGGAGGACUUUGAGAGCAGUAGAAGUGACGAUCAUCUGGACUUUGGCUAG